UACUCCUUUCAACAGGGUGUUUCACCGCCCAUCUCACAUUUCAUCCUCUCUCUCAUGGCUUCUUCAUCUGGGAGCUUAGAGACAUCUGCAAAUUCUCAUCCAACACCCUUCUCAUUCUCUAACCAAUUCAUGACUUCUUCUUUCUCCGACCUUCUCGCCGGUGACGACGACAAAUGGCUUUCUGAUCAUUUCGCCGAUAGAACUGGAGCCAGUGUUCCAAAGUUCAAGUCGAUUCCUCCUCCUUCACUGCCCAUCUCACCUCCUCCUGUCUCUCCUUCUUCUUACUUCGCUAUUCCACCUGGCUUGAGCCCCACCGACCUCUUGGAUUCACCCGUCCUCCUCUCCGCUUCUAAUCAGCUUCUGCAGUCUCCUACGACUGGGACACUUCCCUCUCAAGCGUUCAAUUGGAAGAGUAAUUCUGUUAACUACCAGCAUGGUAUCAAGAAGGAAGAGAAAAACUUACCGGAUUUCUCUUUUCAACCCCAAACAAGGCCCGCUAUGGGCUCGGUAUCCAUGUUUGAAUCUUCUAUCACUACGAUUUCUAAGGACGAAAACUCAAAAGGACUUGAGCAAGAGUGGAAUUUUCAACCCACCAAGCAAGCCGAUUUCUCAUCCGGGAAGCCCAUGGUGAAAUCUGAAUAUGCUCCGAUGCAAAACUUCUCUCAUGAGAUUUCCAGCAUCCAAGCCAACAACACCCAGAGCAACGGUGGAUUCCAGUCGAAUCAUAAUCAGUACUCUCAACCUUGUCAAUCUUUCAGGGAGCAAAGGAGAUUGGAUGAUGGUUAUAAUUGGAGAAAAUAUGGGCAAAAACAGGUGAAAGGAAGCGAGAAUCCACGUAGCUAUUACAAGUGCACUUUCCCGGAUUGCCCAGUUAAGAAGAAAGUGGAGAGGUCCUUGGAUGGACAGAUUACGGAGAUAGUGUACAAGGGUAACCACAACCAUCCAAAGCCUCAGUCAACCAGAAGAUCCUCCUCCUCCUCUCAUCGAAUUCAAGCGUCUGCAGCCCCCAUCUCGGAAAUCCCAGAUCCGUCGUUCGCAACACGAGGGGUGGCAUCGCAAAUAAUGGAGUCCGGUGCAACACCCGAGAAUUCAUCAAUUUCAAUGGGGGAGGACGACUUCGAGCAGAGCUCUCAGAUGAGCAGAUCAGCAGGAGAUGAAUUUGAUGAAGAUGAACCCAAUGCAAAACGAUGGAAGACUACCACAGAGGGUGAUCAAAAUGAGGGUAUCUCAGCAGCUGGGAGCAGAACCGUGAGAGAGCCCAGAGUUAUAGUCCAAACAACAAGCGAUAUCGAUAUUCUUGAUGAUGGUUACAGAUGGAGAAAAUAUGGGCAGAAAGUAGUGAAGGGGAAUCCCAAUCCAAGGAGCUACUACAAGUGUACACAUGUGGGAUGCCCGGUUAGAAAGCAUGUGGAGAGAGCAUCCCAUGACCUAAGGGCGGUGAUCACCACUUACGAGGGCAAACACAACCACGAUGUUCCGGCUGCUCGUGGCAGCGGAAGCCAUUUGAUUAAUAGGCCCACACCUGAUAACAAGAACAACAACACUGCUGCAGCUGCUAACAAUGUGGCCAUGGCUGCUAUAAGGCCUACCCCCACUACCAAUACCUUUAGUCCCUACAGCUCCACCAACCCGCUUCGCAGCGUUAGACCACCAAUAACAGCCGAAACUCAACCACCCUUYACACUAGAAAUGUUGCGUAGCAGCCAUAGUAGCCCCGGCAAUUUUGGGUUCUCUUCAGGAAUUGGAAACUCCAUGCCCUCCUACACCAACCAAUCACUACACAUUGACAGUAGUGUGUUCGCUACAGCCAAAGAAGAGCCCGGGGAUGACUUGUUUCUUGAGUCACUGCUCUGUUGAGACUUGUGAUACUAAUUUAAUUAGUUGGAGGGAGGGGAUGAGGGCUAGCUCUAAAACAGAUUCAACAGGACACAUUAAAUUUGUUUGGUUAAUGUAUAAUGUAUAUUUGGUAGGGAUUUGGCUUGUAUAUUUCUGAAACUGAAACUGACAUGAACAAGUUGGUUCUCCAUUGGUUCAUUUGUUUUGAGGCCCUUCUCUUGCAGUGUCAGAAGAAAAGAGAAAGGCCUCAUUUCAAUUCAUACAUGUAUCACAAAGUAAGAAAUAGACAGAAUUUGAGAGAGAGAGAGAGAGAGUUUUAUUUAUUUGAUUUUCCAAUUCAAUAACAUAUAUUCUUUUGAUGAUGAAAUUUAAACGGAGAUGCUGCCCUUUCA